CGAAGCCGCUUGCAUCGUGAGCCUUCUCGCCGUCUGCUAGGGUUUACGCUCAGACCUCAUCUUCUUCUUCUUCUCCGAGAUUUUCUGCAAAUAAUCAUGGUUCUGCAAAACGAUAUCGAUCUGCUCAACCCUCCGGCUGAGCUUGAGAAGAGGAAGCACAAGCUCAAGCGUCUCGUCCAGUCCCCUAACUCCUUCUUCAUGGACGUGAAGUGCCAGGGAUGCUUCAACAUAACCACUGUGUUUAGCCACUCUCAGACAGUUGUGGUGUGCGGAAACUGCCAGACAGUGUUGUGCCAACCCACCGGCGGUAAAGCUAGGCUCACUGAGGGCUGUUCUUUCAGGAGAAAGGGAGAUUGAGGUUACAGCCCCAUGAAAAGGUGCUCAUCUUAGAUUAUGGAAGGAAGCAUAUGUUUU